AUGCAGCUCACCGCCAUCCUCACGAGUUUGCUUUCUACCUUACCUAUCGCACUAUCCGCACCUACCUACGGCGAGCCGUACAACUGCGGCUACGUUCUCACCGUCCGGAACAGCAGCGCCUACGCUGGUAUCUCCGCAUACUCUGAUUGCACAGCGAUCUACUACAACCAAUCGAUCCCUGGAUAUCAAGACGCCUAUGCCUACAGCCUCUAUGGGGGAUGUCAAUGCUCAUUCCAUUUGAGCGAGGAGAAGUGCAAAGGAGCAACCAAUCCACCCAUGUACGAAGGGCCGACUGGCACACCCGGAAAGGAGCCCUGCUUCGAGGACCCGAAUCCCAAGUGGUACAAGUGCGCGACGAUUGGCUAA